AAAUGUGGCGACCUUCUACUGUAUAAAUGCUGAGCAUCUCUGCUUCUGAGUGCAUCUGCCCUGACAGAAUCCUGCUCUUCACAAUGAAAAUGCACCUUGGAAGAUUUCUGGUUCUGGCCACCUUUGUGGCUGCAUGCAAUGCUGGAUGCUAUGUCCAAACUCUCGAUAUGCCUACAGAUGACUCACCUCCAGGAUGCAAGGAUGACGAUGGAAAACAUCACCCCUUAAAGUCAAGUUGGAGGACCUCAGACUGUCAGGACUGUUUCUGUGAAGAAAAUGAAAUAACCUGCUGCAACAUAGCUCCUAUGCCUGUGGAAUUUGAUAGAAAAAAAUGCCAAGUCAUCUUAAAUGAGGAGAACUGCACCUUUUCUGUUGUGGAGUACAAGGAUCCACAAAAGAGCUGUGAUGUUCAUGGCUGGAAUUUAUAA